UUACUCUUUGAUACUAUAUAAGUGCAGUUUUCUCACAUUUGCUCAUUUUUCUUUUUGCUGUUGUUGAUUUGAGUAUAGUUCUUCUUUUUUACAAUUGUGUUAAAACAGCACUAUGGAUAAAACAGAUUUUUAUUUGCUAUCAUCUUCAGAGAUAGCAGAGAUGAUUGAAGAUGAUGAUAAUUUUUUUUCUUCAGAGGAAGAGGAUGAUAUUUUGGAGCAGCGAGGAUCAGACUCUGAGUCUGAACAAUCUUGUUCAGACCUAGACGAGGUUAGUACUUCUGGUUCAUUUUUUAUGGGUAAAGACCGUGUAACUAGGUGGAAUAAGAAAAUGCCCUUUCAAUCUCAGAGGAGAGGAAAGGAAAAUAUUAUAACUCAUUUGCCUGGCCCAAAUGGAAUAGCGAAGUUUGUCAAAACACCUUCAGAAUGCUGGAAGUUAUUUUUUUGAUGACGAUAUAUUAAAUCAUAUUGUCGAAAAUACAAAUAAGUAUAUGGAGAUAAUAAAAGAAAAAUUUAGCCGAGAGCAGGAUGCAAUCUCAACAAAUGUUUGUGAAGUAAAAGCUUUUAUAGGAAUAUUGUUUGCAUGUGCGGUGAUGAAAUUAAAUAAAGUAAAUGUUAGAGAUAUUUGGACCUCUGAUGGUUUCGGAAUAGAAAUUAUUAAGCCUGUGAUGUCGGAGAAAAGAUUUAAUUUUUUAAUAAGAGCAUUAAGAUUUGACGAUAAAACAACUAGAAAUGACUGCCAUAAUACUGACAAACUCGCUGCGGUGCGAGAUAUUUUUGAGAAAUUUGUUACUAAUUGUCAAAAGAAUUAUUGCCCAUCGGAAUAUUUAACUAUAGACAAGAUGUUGGAGGCAUUUAGGGGCAGAUGCCAAUUACGGCAAUACAUUCCAAGCAAGCCGUCAAAAUAUGGGAUAAAAAUUUUUGCCUUGACAGAUUCAAGGACUUUUUAUAGUAGCAACUUAGAAGUAUAUGCGGGAGUGCAAUUGCAGGGCCAAUAUUUUAUAAGUAAUUCUCCUAAAGAUGUUGUGUUAAGAUUAUGUAAACCCGUAGCAGGCUCUGGAAGGAAUAUAACAUUUGAUAAUUGGUUUACAAGUUACGAACUUGCAUUAAAACUAUUAGAUAUUAAGCUGAUGUCAGUCGGUACUUUAAAAAAAAAUAAAAGAGAAAUACCGUCAGAGUUCAUCAGUUCAAGAAACAGAACUGUAUUCAGUAGCAUCUUUGGAUUCCAAUAAAAGUGUACUUUAGUAUCAUACUCUCCCAAAAAAAAUAGAGUAACUCUCUUACUGUCAACUUUUCAUCACAACAAUAACAUUGCUCCUUCAACCCACGAAAAAAACAAACCCAAAAUCGUAACGUUUUACAAUCUUACAAAGGGAGGUGUGGACGUUGUUGAUGAACUGGCGUCACGUUAUAAUUGCUCAAGAUACUGCUGACGCUGGCCCCUUGUUAUUUUUUUAUAGUUUGCUAAAUAUUUUGGCCAUAAAUUCCCAUGUCAUUUAUUAUCUAAACAAUAAACUUCCACAAAACCAAUGCAGAAGACACUUCAUGAAACUGCUAUCGAUUGAACUAAUGACUCUGCAAUUAAAAUUACGUGCACAAAAAGAAACUUUACCAAGAAACAUUAGGACGGCAGCCCUUAAAUUCUCUAAGUUGCAACAUGAAACAUCGGAAACAACAUCAGCAGCAUCAACAUCACGGAAGCAAUCAUUUUGUUCUGAUUGCAGUUAUAAAAAGGGCAGGAAAACGACAAAUCGGUGCUUUCGAUGUAAUAAAUACAUUUGUGGUGAGCACUCACAUACUCUAUGUAAGUCAUGUAUAGAAAGUUCAGAAAGUACAAUAGAAUUAGAAAGUUAACACUAUAUGAACGUAUUCAUUUUUUAUAUUACCUAUUUUUCUGUAUUUUUUUUAUUUUCUGAGUUAGGCAUAAGAGGUUGCUUUCAUGGACUUGCAAAC